AUGAAAGGAAUUAACAUAGAUCCUCCAUUUAAUGUCUUUCAAGAGGAUCCUCGGUUUAAGGAUGAACUCGCUUCUGUGAGAGUGGAGAAGAUGAUUGAACAUAUAAAAUCCAAACUCCCAGGGAAGCCUCAAUUCCUUCUUUGCUUUCUCUCAGAAAGGAAGAACUCUAAUGUUUAUGGUCCUUGGAAAAAGAAGAUUCUUGUUGAAUCUGGAACUAUACUUGGAACUACUAGGCCAACACAUUACCAUGUGCUCUACGAUGAGAUCGGAUUUUCGGCUGAUGACCUCCAAGAGCUUGUCCAUUCUUUAGCCUAUGUCUACCAGAGGAGAACAACCGCCAUCUCUGUAGUUGCGCCUAUUUGUUAUGCUCAUUUGGCGGCUGCACAGAUGGAAACUAUGAUGAAGUUUGAUGACAUGUCUGAGACGAAUUCAUCGAGCCAUGGCGGGAGCACGAAGGAUGGACCAGUCCUUGUGCCUACCAUGCCGAAGCUGCACAAGGAUGUUGCUACUUCAAUGUUCUUCUGUUAA